AGAGAGCAGCGGGUUUCUCUCCGUGAGCAUCAGGUAGCUCCAUAUACGGGUUGGAGAGGCACCUCACAGCCGCUCUGGCACUGUAUCUGCUAGGGCGCACAGAGGGGCAGUGCCAUGCACACUCCUGACUAUGCGCUGCUCCUGAGCGGAGGGAACCAGUCUCUGGUUUUCAGUCCCUCUACUGACCUAACGAUGGAGACGCCUGGAAACAACACCGUCCACCCGAACGGAUCCGAUCCGUUUGCGCGAAACGAGGAGGUGGCCCAGAUCGAGAUAAUGGUCCUGAGCAUCACCUUCGUGGUUGCUGUGAUUGGGAAUGUGAGCGUCCUGCUGGCAAUGUACAACACAAAGAAGAAGAUGUCGCGGAUGCACCUUUUCAUCAAACACCUCAGCCUGGCUGACCUGGUGGUCGCCUUCUUCCAGGUGCUGCCGCAGCUCUGCUGGAAGAUCACCUACCGCUUCUACGGUUCAGACUUUCUCUGCCGGGUCGUCAAGCACCUCCAGGUGAUGGGGAUGUUCGCGUCCACUUACAUGAUGGUGAUGAUGACCGUGGACCGUUACAUUGCCAUCUGCCACCCUCUGAAAACCCUCCAGCAGCCCACCCAGCGCUCCUACAUCAUGAUCAUCUCCACGUGGAUGUGCAGCCUGGUGUUCAGCACCCCGCAGUACUUCAUCUUCUCCCUGAGCGAGAUCAAGAACGGCUCGAAAGUAAACGACUGCUGGGCGCACUUUAUCGAGCCGUGGGGCGCCAAGGCGUACAUCACCUGGAUAACUGUGGGCAUCUUCCUCGUGCCCGUGGUCAUUCUCGUGAUGUGCUACGGGUUCAUCUGCCACAGCAUAUGGAAUAAUAUCAAAUACAAGAAAAGGAAAUCGACGGCUGGUGCUGCGAACAAGAACGGGCUGAUUGGGAAGCAUUCAGUCAGCAGCAUUACAACGAUAUCCAGAGCCAAACUGAGGACUGUAAAAAUGACUUUUGUGAUAGUUUUGGCGUACAUCGUGUGCUGGGCGCCGUUUUUCACAGUGCAGAUGUGGUCUGUGUGGGAUAAAAACUUCCAGUGGGUUGAUUCUGAGAACACAGCAGUGACUCUGUCUGCGCUUCUUGCCAGUCUCAACAGCUGCUGUAACCCGUGGAUAUACAUGAUCUUCAGCGGCCACCUCCUCCAGGAUUUUGUGCACUGCUUCUCCUGUUGCUACAAAGUGAACACUGACUUCAAGAAGGAGGACUCAGACAGCAGUCUCCGCAGAACAACGCUGCUGACUAAGAUGACCAAUCGGAGCCCUACGGGCAGCUCUAGCAACUGGAGAGAGCUGGACAAUUCUCCUAAGACUUCUAUUCAGGCGGAGUAAACACGCAGCCAGGCAACUCUGUUUACUAGGGUGGGGAUGAACACAAGUGGCAUCGAGGUACACUUAAAGUCUCUGCUUAUCUUAACUCUGGGCAGGACUGAAAUGUCCCUCAAACUUAAGAAACCCUUAAGCAAAUUAAGUUUGCUGCAUAGAAAUCAAAAAGAAAUGAAGAAAUAAGUUGUUGGCAGCAAGGACACAAUAUAUAGACACAUUUUCUGUGUCUUCUUGCUGGAUUCUGUGUGCAAAAGUUUUCUUUUAUCACAUAACCUCAGCAAAAAUAUUAGAAGAACAUUGGAAAAGGAAGUGAAAUUCCAAAGUUUUACUUCUAAUUUAUUAUGUUUUUAUAUCUCCACAAUUGUUUAUACAAGCACUAGAUGCUAACAAUUAUGUCUGUGCAUCAUUUUGUUGAAUUUAUAGUUGUAAUAUUUGAAGUGUUUCAACAGCCCCGAGUUCUGUAGUCAAAAGCCCAAAAAGAAAACCCUUCUCCAGGAAUACUGAUGCUUUUACUGGUGGUUAUGUUCCCCUGCUGUGCUGCCGAACACCCUUUCCUGUUGGAGUGUUUACAAAGACAAAACUGACAUUGCAGCCAGGAGGUGUGCGGUGGUGAAAACGACUCUCCAGACCGCACGUCUCUAAGUAACCGAGGCAGUCGCCUCAUCCUUUGUGUUUGGCUUUCCAUUUUGUUGUUUUUCUCAGAACCACAUUUUAGUGGCUUGCAUAAAAAAAAAAAAUAAACUCUGCUUCAGCCAAUCACAAAAAAGAAAAAAUAACGGGUGUGGGGUUUAAGCGACAACUAUUAAUCAGGCUGUUGCGUGCAUCCAGUUAUUUCAUGUUGCAGCAGUGUGGGUCUCUGAAGAAUGGCUUUCAUUUCUGCUCAGCAGUAGAAGAUGGGAUCCAUUUGAAAAUAGCUGGAUAUGCACCUACGCACACACACACACACACACACACACACACACACGGACAUACACAUACACACAGAGUCCAGGGCCGGUGGGUGUUUUGAUGAAGUGAGAUCGACCACAGUUGGAGGAGUCUACCAACAGACCCACACACCCCUCCCAUGGCUUUCACCAAAUGUUGGGCAGAAGCUUGCACAUUCCACACACUCUGCGUCAACACACUUCCUGAUUUUUUUCCAACAUCCUGCACCACUGGGGGUCUGUUUUUGGCUUCAUUUGCACUCCAGACAAAAACAAUCUCCUGCACAUUAAUGCGAUGCGCAGCAUUGUAAUUGUUGUCAGACCACCGUGAGAACAUGUAUGUUACGCUGUAUCAAGACAUUUCUAUCUGACUGUACAGUAUGUUUGUACAUAAAAAGCAUUAAAUAUCUGUAUAUAUAGGAAUAAUAUAUGUAAAUCUGUUCCAUGUGAGUUCUAUUUGUCUGUAAUGGCUUGUGCAUAUUGAAAAGAAAUUAAAUAUACUAUAAAUAUAUGCUGAAAAAUACAUACUGAUGCACUGAAUGCUA